GUCGGAUAAGACAGAAUGUCGGAUAAACGAAGCUAAGAAGAAGAACAAGAAGGGGAAGACCCUGACUCUGACGGACUUUCUGGCAGAGGAUGGUGGUGGUGGCACCACCUAUGUUCCAAAACCAGUCAGCUGGGCAGAUGAAACAGACGACCUGGAAGGAGAUGUUUCUACCACCUGGCAUAGCAAUGAUGAUGAUGUGUACCGAGCCCCUCCGAUUGACCGUUCCAUCCUGCCUACUGCACCUCGGGCAGCUCGGGAGCCCAAUAUUGACAGAAGCCGUCUCCCAAAAUCACCCCCUUACACUGCCUUUCUGGGAAAUUUGCCCUAUGAUGUAACAGAAGAAUCCAUUAAGGAUUUCUUCAGAGGACUUAAUCUGCAGAUAAGUGCUGUUCGUUUGCCCCGAGAGCCUAAUAACCCAGAGAGGUUGAAAGGAUUUGGAUAUGCUGAGUUUGAAGACUUAGAUUCAUUGCUCCGUGCUUUGAGCUUCAAUGAAGAGUGUCUAGGAAACAGGAGAAUACGAGUGGAUGUUGCUGAUCAAGCUCAGGAUAAAGAUAGGGAUGAUCGCUCUUUUGGCAGAGAUCGUGAUCGCAACCGGGAUUCAGAAAGAUUUGAGACUGACUGGAGGGCACGUCCUGCUACAGAUAAUUUUGAUGAUUACCCUCCUCGCAGAGGCGAGGAUAGCUUUGGAGACAGAUAUCGGGACCGUGAUCGCUAUGAUUCAGAUCGGUACCGUGAUGGUCCCCGAAGAGAGAUGGAUCGCUAUGGAGGCCGAGACCGUUAUGAUGAUCGUAGAGAUUAUGACAGGGGAGGUUACGACUCAAGGUCAGGCAGUGGCAGAAGAGCCUUUGGCAGUGGGUACCGCCGGGACGAUGAUUACAGGGGUGGCGGUGACCGCUUUGAGGACCGCUACGACAGGCGGGAUGAUCGAAUGGAUAGGUGGAGCAGCUCGCGGGAUGACUAUUACAGGGAUGACAACCGGCGGGAUGAGAGAGGUCCUACUCAGAGGCCAAAAUUGAAUUUGAAGCCCCGGAGCACUCCCAAGGAUGAAGAUACAUCUGUAGCGCCUGCGACUCAGUCUAGCCGUGCAGCUUCUAUCUUUGGAGGAGCCAAGCCUGUGGACACUGCUGCAAGAGAGCGUGAAGUAGAAGAAAGGCUACAGAAGGAACAAGAGAAAUUGCAGCGCCAACUGGAAGAUGAUAAACCCAGGCUAGACAGACGGCCCCGGGAACGACAUCCUAGCUGGCGUAGUGAAGAGAAUCAAGAGCGGUCACGGACAGGAAGCGAAUCCUCACAGACUGGCAGCACAACCCCAUCUGUGGGGACUGGCCCAACAGGAAGAACCUCACGAAGAAGGGAGAGUGAGAAAUCAUUGGAAAAUGAAAGCAGCAGCAAAGAGGAUGAAAGUCUUUCUCCAACCUCCAAGACCCCCAGGGAAGAGAAGCUUCCUCUGAAAGUAAUGCCAGCUCCUCCACCAAAGGAAAAUGCCUGGGUGAAACGAAGCAGCAACACAGCACGCUCGCAGAGCUCUGACUCUGAUCAGCAUUCCCCAACAAGUGGCAGCCAACCUGUGCCAUCAGAAGAUGGAGUGUCCUCCAAAAGUGCCCCACGAAAAGGAGAUGAAAACAGACCUGAUGGGGGAAAGGAGAGUGUUCCAAAGGGCCGAAGAGGGAGCUCUGGGCGUGGUCCUGGAGAUGGAGGCAGCAGAGACCCUUGGCAAGACUUGGAUCGGAAAGAAAGCAAGGAGGAGCAUGACUCGAGAUCUGCAUCUGAGCCAAAGAAAUUUGAAGAGAACCCUGCCCCUAAAUUUAGCUGUGCUAGCAAAUAUGCUGCUUUGUCAGUGGAUGGUGAUGACGAAGCUGAAGGAGAAGAGUAUGCUGACUAAAUUCUCCAUCCCCCUCCAUGUUGUCUCCUAACCGGUUGCCAUCCAGGAACUUUUGGAGAGCAAAACCAAACCUUUAUUCAGACAAGACAGAAAAAUAAAAGCCUACAAGUCAACAUCUCCUGGGAGAGACCUUUCUUAAACCUUUCUUUAAAAAAUAAGAAAAAAUGAUAUAGAAUUUCUCUUGCAUGCUGCUGCAGCCUUUAAAGUAUUGAACUCACUGGAGAAAUCCCUGCAAAAAAAAAGUAUAGCAAGAGAAAAAAUGGCAGGUGUCUUUUUAAAAAGGAAAGAAAGAAAUAGGCCUAGUGUGUGUUUGAAUGUUACUUCACGCUGCUUCCGAUCACAUUCAGAGCCUCAGGUCCUUUCCAUUAAGAGCUAAGGUUAGUGCUUUAGUAGGCUAGUGUGUGACUGAGUGCAUUGGGAACAUGGACAGCUAAACACUGUCUUUUUCCCUCUUUUGGUAGCUUGGGUGGCUUCUGUAAUAUAAUCUCAAAGCAGUUAAUGCACUGGGGAGGGAAAGCAGUAUUACCUUAAUUAGCUGAAAGAAGGGACAAGUUAGCCUUCAAGUUAGAAGAUUGCCAUCUCUGCCCAGCAGGUAUCUCCGGAGUUUAGGUGCAUGCCUUACCCUAUUGGUAUGGUGGGUGGCUUCCCUUACAUCAUCUGCCUUCUGAAAGUGUUAAUCCCCAAGCCACCAAGGCUAAGCACUAGGGCUUUGCUCCCAGGACCCUCUUCUUGGAAGCCUCAGGGCUGUAUCCCCACCCAGUUCAGGAAUUGGCACUACUGGCAAUUGCUGUGGUGUAGAAAGCCACUUUUCAUUCAGUUGCCGUGAUAUCAGCCUUCAUGACAGUGGUCACUAGGGCUGUGCAGUGUUGGCACAGAGAGUAUACUGAUUGAACAUACAGAAAAUGACUUUAUCUGUUUGAAUCUCUAUCAUAUUAAAUCCAUUUCCAGUAACCUUCCUAGAGGUACUGUACUAUAUGAAGGAAUGCUUGAGAGCAAUUUAAUUCUUGGAGAUUAUAAACUUUCCUUGAAGUUUUUUCUGUCCCUCCUUCAUCUGCCCACUUUUAAUCAUCGACAACUACUAUCACAAAAUAAUAGCAUCCUUUUCAGUUUGGGGCACUGUUCAAAGACAGCAGGGGCCAUCCAAAGACUGGCGGAGCAUCAUUGUUGCAUCAUGUGACAGUUCAUUUCCCUCCACUAGCUUAGGUGUGGGUCCACCACUUGGGUAGCAGUUUUGAUUUCCCCCUUAAUUUUCUCUAAAAAUUUAGUCAUGCUAUCAGAAGUGAAGCUUGGAAAUAAGAAUUUCUCCCACUUGUUUCAGCAUUCUUUCAUUCUCCUUGAGCAAAUGGGUAGGGGAAGAAAAUUGCAGCACAGGGAACUGAAAGCAGCACAAUGGUUCAGGAGCCAGUUUACAAACACACAGUCGCACAGGAAGGAAUGUAUUUGGCUAGGACUUGGCUGGCUUUUAUGAGAUGCGCAUGCAUUCAGCAGGGGCUAUUACCUUUUACAUAAUUUGGGGAGAAGAACAAUGUGAUUUUGCUCUUGAAAUAAUCUCAGCUGUAUCAAAUAGAGGAUCCAGGUUGUUGUAAAGCUGGUAUAGUUGGGGUCUUAUUUUCAUAACUUUUAAGCUGUAGUUAAGUCAGUUCUUUGAAAUGGAAAGAGUAUUGUCAGAUAUGAGACAUCAUAGACUGGAGAUAGAAAGUGGGAUGAGACCUGGUGAGGGCAGAAGAUGGGUUUGAAAUGCAUUAUUGCUUUGAGUCUUUAAAAAGCGAGGCGCUAUAUUGGAGAGAAACUGCUAAUUUUGCAAAUCCCAGAAGCAUUCUCUUUCUUCCAGUAAUCUUGAAUAUUCUGUCUCUCUACUAUCAGGACAGGUUCAUGAGUGGAUUGAGGUGCAUUUUACACAUUCUGAAAACAUGUAAAAUUUGUACAAAAUAUCUUCUAUGAAAAUGAUUUGUAAUCUGCAUGGACUUCCUGGGAGAUGUCUUUUAUUAUGUAAAAUU